AUGGUUGAAAGUCUGGUGACGCAACACUUCUUGGGCAAGGCGUCAGCUUACAAUGACACUGAUGACGUAGAUAUCGUUCGUGGAAAAGGCAAGGGCUUGAUUCUGCUUCUGCAUGGAGCACCUGGAGUUGGAAAGACGACGACAGCGGAAUGCGUUGCGACAUACUUCCGCAAACCCUUAUUCCAAACAACUUGCGGAGACCUAGGUUCGACAGCAGACGUGGUCGAAAGUCGCUUGGAGAAGAAAUUUGCUCUCGCAAGUCGAUGGGGCUACAUUCUGCUAAUCGACGAAGCCGAUGUCUUCCUCGAGGCUCGGCAGACUGAAAACUUUGACCGUAACAGUCUUGUCGCUGGCUUCCUUCAGACACUCGAGUACUACACCGGUAUUCUGUUCCUCACCACCAACCGUGUCGGCACCUUCGACGAGGCCUUGACCUCCCAAACUUCUACCCUUGCUGUCUUCAAGGUCAAUCUCACUCGUAUUCAAGCCCGCUUCGAGAAGAAGAAGGAAAGGGGCGAAGCCAAGCUUGAACUCGAUGAGCUGUCCGUCAACGAGUUCAUCCUUGACUAA